CCGGAGCCGGGACCGGAGCCGGGCCCGGGAAGGCAGCAGGGGGCACCCAGGACCACUGAGCCAAGAGAAAAGGUGAUCCCGGCUCCCAUCCCUGUCAAUGGACAGCCACGACCAGGACGUUGCCUGCCCCCGGAGGGCAGUGAGCCAUGCCCUCCAGGCCAGCGUCCUGUCUUCUGGGCACAGCACUACCCAGCAGAGUUCGGAGAUGUGGGAAGUGGUGGAGGAGCCACGGACCAGGCUGGGCGCCGAGGGCAUGGAGCCUGAGAGGCAGGAAGGGAACCUUCUCAAGAAGAGGAAGUGGCCACUGAAAGGCUGGCACAAGAGAUACUUCGUGCUCGAGGGGGGCAUUCUACGCUACGCCACCACCAGACAGGAUAUCGCCAAGGGGAAACUUCACGGCUCCAUCGAUGUCCGCCUCUCCGUCAUGUCGAUUAACAAGAAAGCCCAGCGCAUUGACCUGGACACAGAGGACAACAUCUAUCACCUCAAGAUCAAAUCCCAGGACCUGUUCCAUAGCUGGGUAUCCCGGCUCUGCGCUCACCGACUGGCUCAGCCUCCCAACCUGGUAUCAGGCAGUACCAGCCACAGGGGCCCGUUCAGCCAGGGCCCGGGUACCCGUCUUCUGGCCCCUGCCCUGCCUAGCCCCCAAGGCUGCCAGGAGAAGGUGGCGUCAUGGUUGAAGGACAGCGAGGGGUUGGACCGCUGUUCCCACGAACUCUCUGAGUGCCAGGACAAACUCCAGGAGCUGUACAAGCUGCUCCAGAGCCUGGAGUCCCUGCACCGCACCCCCUCCGCCCCAGUCAUCUCCAGCCACCAGCAGGCCACAGGGACCACCGAGCGCCCCAAGAAGGGGAAGAGGACAAGUCGGAUGUGGUGCACCCAGAGCUACACCAAGGACGACACCAUUGGACGGGUGGGACGCCUCCACAGCUCUGUGCCCAACCUCUCCCGCUACCUGGAGCCUAACCAGCCCCCGGGAACCCGCCCUCUGCCCCCUGAGUAUGUCCACCUGCAGCGCAGCUUCUGGGUCCUGGCCCAGAAGGUGCAUGGCUCUCUGAACAGCGUGCUGACCGCCCUCAGUGCCGAGCGGGACCGACUCCGCGAGAGCCAUGGCCGGGAGCUCCACAGGCCUGGGGCCUCUGAUGUCCAACCCGGCCCAAGGCGCCUGCACUCCCUUUCCGCCUCCUCGGACACCACCGCCGACUCCUUCAGCUCCCUCAACCCAGAAGAGGAGGCGUUCUCCAUCCAGGGCCGCGAAACGGUCCCCCCGCUCCCUCACCACAGUGUCCUCUCACUCGCCGAUUCUCACACCGAGUUUUUCGACGCCUGUGAGGUGUUUCUGUCCACCAGCUCCUCGGCGGAUGAGGGCUCCGACGAAGAUGAGGCAUCCUAUACCAGCGAGGUCACCACCAGCCUUUCCGAGGGAGUACCAAGCAGCGGGGCAUCCGAGCACUGCCAUACAGAUUCGCAGAGUCACCGGGCUCCCCUCCCACCGGUCCAUCCCACAGGAGAGAGAGGGGCAGGGGUCGUCGUCGCCGGCGGGGCGGGGCUCGUUCCUCGCCGACGGUGUCUGCCGGGGGCCGGCGGACCCGGAGUGGACGUAAGCCUGUGGCACAUCCUGCGCAACAACAUCGGCAAGGACCUGUCGAAGGUGUCGAUGCCCGUGCAGCUCAACGAACCCCUGAACACGCUACAGCGUCUCUGCGAGGAGCUGGAGUACAGCGCCCUGCUGGACCAGGCCAGCCGCUCACCCGACCCCUGCGAGCGCAUGGUGUGCAUCGCAGCCUUUGCCGUCUCCGCCUAUGCCUCCACCUACCACCGUGCCGGAUGCAAACCCUUCAACCCGGUCCUGGGGGAGACCUACGAGUGCGAGCGCCCCGAUCGCGGCUUCCGCUUCAUCAGCGAGCAGGUCUCCCAUCACCCGCCAGUCUCCGCCUGCCACGCCGAAUCCGACAACUUCAUCUUCUGGCAGGAUAUGAAGUGGAAGAACAAAUUUUGGGGUAAAUCGCUGGAGGUCGUGCCCGUCGGCACCGUCCAUGUCCGGCUGCCACGGUUUGGUGACCAUUUUGAAUGGAACAAGGUGACAUCUUGUAUCCACAACAUCCUGAGCGGGCAGCGCUGGGUGGAGCACUACGGGGAGGUGUUGAUCCGGAACACCCAGGACAGCUCCUGCCACUGCAAAAUCACCUUCUGCAAGGCCAAGUACUGGAGUUCAAGCGUGAACGAGGUGCAAGGCGCCGUGUACAGCUGCAGCGGGCGAGUUCUACACCGGCUCUUUGGCAAGUGGCACGAGGGGCUGUACCGGGGCUCGCCCCCUCACGGCCAAUGCAUCUGGAAACCCAACACCAUGCCCCCAAACCACGAACGCAACUACGGCUUCACCCAGUUUGCCCUGGAGCUGAACGAGCUGACCACGGAGCUGAAGCGGGCGCUGCCCUCCACGGACACCCGGCUACGGCCCGACCAGCGGUACCUGGAGGAGGGGAACGUGCAAGCAGCCGAAUCUCAGAAGCGACGCAUCGAGCAGCUGCAGCGAGACCGGCGCAGGGUGAUGGAAGAGAACAAUCUUUCUCACCAGGCCCGCUUCUUCAGACGGCAGACGGACAGCAGCGGCAAGGAAUGGUGGGUCAGCAACAACACCUACUGGCGGCUGCGGGCUGAGCCGGGCUACGGGAACAUGGAUGGGGCUGUGCUGUGGUAGCCAUCCUGUGCGCUGAGCAGCUGGAGACGCUGGGGGACCCAGGCCCCCGGCUACUCUUGAGGCAGUUGGGCGGACCCCUCCAAGGGUAGGUCCUGGGGAUGACUGCCCACAGCCCAUCUGUUGCCCCUCUCACCUACCGUGACACACACACACCCCACUGUUCCUGGGGGGAAAGAAGGGAACAAACCUGGGGCAGUCCCUGCCUCCACCCCAGCAGUUCAGGCUGCAAAGGGAUUCCAGGUUCCUCAAAAGUCAACUGAACCCUCUUCUCUUCUGUGCCCAAGAAUAGACAUAGGGUCAGGCCUCCUGCUACUUUUCCUGGAGAGAGUAGCAGAGCCCACUGCCCUCACGUGUGUGUAUGUGUGUGUACGCACACAUAUGUAGCUAGGGGAGUUGCUUGCAGGCAGGCACAGACCUCUCAACUGUUUCCCCCUUACACUGAAAAUUUGUUUUCUCUCUGGAAUGUCAACCCAGACCAAUCCUGAUGCCAAUAAAGACUCUUUCAGGCUCCAC